AUGAGAUACGAGCGUGUUCCAAACAACGAUGUGGAGGCUCAGACAAGUUCGAGCUCCAUGAUGAAUAAUGAGGAGAUACCCAUGGAACCCCCAUCGUAUGAUAAUGUGGCAGGUGCCUCAACGGGGAUGCUACCGAUAGAGAUCGAUGAAUCUGGUGUAGAAGUACCCCAGGAAUCAUAUAGUGAGAAGAUGAAUAGAUUUAGAGCGAGUUUUAGUAAUAAUAUUAUUGUUCCCGUGCGAGAGAAGAUUGUGGAUCCCAUGGCUCAGUUUCUAUCAAUGUUAUCAGAAAAAUUGAAUUUCUAUUUAAAUAAGAUUGGGAACCCACUGAUCUUGAGAAGGUUUUUCUAUAUUUUUUUAAUGUCUGGUAUUACUUGGUUUGUUAUGUCCAGUGGGUUGUUUCCAAAUGAACGCGCCAGUGGAUCUAGAGGAACCUUUUCCGAUCAUAACUUAUUAAUGGAAUAUGCAAGACAAUCUAUGGAUCUUUCCAAGAUGGAAAGAGAUUUGGAAUAUUUGAGUAGCAUGCCGCAUAUGUCUGGUACUAAAGGGGACUACGCUAUGAUGAAAUACGUCUUGGAUUCAUACAAUAAUAAUGGGUUAAAGUUGAUUAGAGAUAUGGAUUAUAUGGUACGUACCAAUUACCCCGGUAAUGUUACUCUGGUAGCAUAUAAUGGGGAUGAUAAACUGGAUUUCAAAUUGGAUGAACGGAAUUUUAACCCACUAAGUGCAAAUGGGAAAUUACAAAAAAUUGGGUUAAUCUACGGCAAUAAAGGUAGCUUGGAUGACUUACAAAAGUUAAAAAAUGAGGGUCUCCUCGAGCAGGAUUUCAUAUUAUUAUUACAUUAUAGCGAUUUCGUUAGUGAGCAGAUAAUGGCAGCAGAGAAGUUUAAAGCCAAGGGUGUGAUCUUCAUUUCGGAACCUAUGGGCGAUGAUGGUGAUGUGGUACAAACUAAGUCAGUGGCCAUUCCACAAUAUGGAACCGGUGAUGCUUUAACUCCUGGUUGGUAUGGAUCUGCAACUGCUAAUGAAAUUGACCCUAAUGAUUCCAAAUCAUUAUCUCACAUCCCAUCUUUACCGAUUUCUCAUAAUCAAGGUAAGAAACUCUUGUCAUUUUUGGGAGAUGAAGGUGUGAAGUUUGAGAAUGGUAUCUUCAGUGGUAAGCUAGAUAAAGUUCAAAUUGAUUUAGAAGUAGAGCAUGCAAUUAGAGAUCAUCACGCGGUGGAUGAUAUAAUUGGUAAGUUAGAAGGGAGAGAACAAAAUGACAAGGCAAUUAUCAUCGGUGCUUCCCGAAAUUCUGUCAGUUAUGGAUCCACGUAUCCUAACUAUGGUACCGUCUUAUUGCUAUCACUUUUACAAUUAUUCCAGGAAAUGAAAUACAAAUAUGAUUGGAAACCAUUAAGAAAUAUAUAUUUCAUGUCCUUUGGUGGUGACGAAUUUAACUUUGCUGGUGCAACAGAACUUAUAGAAGAAAGAUUAACCUCCAUGAAGGAUGAAAUUUAUACCUAUGUUGACGUUAGUCAACUUGGUAUAUGGGAUGAUGAAAACAAGCUAAAUAUUCAAACACAUCUACUUUUGAACGAAUUCUUCAAUAAUAAAGAUUUCCAGAUGGGGUAUGAUGUCAAUGUCGAACAUAUUCAGCAAUAUGGGAACUGGAUUCCAUACCUGGCCAAUGGUAUACCCGUGUCUAUCAUUUCAUCACCAAGUAUUUCGAAAAAACAACCACCUAUCGAUACCUCUGAAGACAAAUUUGAAGCAUUACAAAAGAAAUUAGCUGACCCUAACAUCGGAGAGAAUGCAGAGAAGCUAUUAAUGUAUUUAUUCCAAACCACAUUAAAGUUGGUUGAUGAUCCAUUGAUACCAUUUAAGAUGGACGGAUAUUUAAGAGAAUUUGAAAAUAAGCUCCGAGACAUGGCUACGAAGUAUACUGAUAAAUUAAAUUUCAAUGCUUUUGGUACAGGAUUAGGACUGUGGAAAAGGAUCAGUCUUGAAUGGGUUUCAUGGAUUAAGGCAUGGGAGAACAUUGUUAUGAGUAACGAAGGUGGACUUGAACCUUCCUUGAUUGCAGUUCAUAGAUGGACUUGGAAUAAAAAAUUAUCUAAUGUCGGAAGGCGGCAAUGUUCCCCAUCUGGUAUUCCAAAUAGGGUUUUCUACAAGAACGUCCUAUUUUCGCCUACUCUUUGGACUCAAGAUGAACCUAAUGGAGCAUGGAUACUUCCAGGUGUUAAAGAUGCCAUUAGGGAUGAAGAUUGGCAGAGAGCUCAAGAUCAGAUAGAUCUUGCUGCAAAAGUAUUUGCUAACUCAGCAGAUCUUUUCAUAGAAGAGAAUACGGAUGUUGGAUAUUGA